AUGCGAUUCAGCUGUUCGGUGGCAUGGGUUGUCAUUUGCGCCACGUCAGCCCCUGCAGACCCGGCCGAGCCAUGCCAGGGUGGCGAGCAGGUGUGGGCAUACUUCGCUGGGGAGGUUGACUUCGGAGACGGCGUUGCGGAGCCAUGCAAUCCCAGCAUCAAGGAGUGCUGGUUCGAUGCAGAGGUCCAGUAUGGGCCAGAUGAGCAUGGCGUGUACCAUGUCGUCUGGGCAGAUGCCACGCCUUUUUUUCAAGAGGUGCAUGGUUCACAACUCCUUCGCGUUGACUCCGAUAAGGCUUGUGGCACCACUGCAGCUUUGCAAGCCUCCCAGGAUCGCGGUCACAUCGCGCCGACGCUGAUGUUGCGUCUCCACUGGGAGGCAUCGGAUGUUGCAUGGCAUGCUGACGCCGUUGCCAAGUUACGUGAAGAUUUUGGACCUGAGGAGGUGAUUGAUGACUUCGACUGGCAUGUGAUCAUGCGGUUCAAGCACACAGCAGCCUGUGAGGAGGUGGGCAGCUUGGGAAUUUGUGCAAGAGAAGCAUUCCUGAAAUCUAGAAGCUGUCCCGAUGUCUGGUUUGGAGUUCAUCAAUGUUCUGGCCCUCAAAUGCCUAGAAAUCGUCGAUGCGGCCGUGGUUGUCGCAGGCAUAGGCUGAAAAACCACAUACAGACUGCAGGCUGGUCUGAAUAA